CGCGUCGCUACGCUGACAGACGUCGGGCGAGCGCGCGCGCGUUCCGCAGAAUAUUCUGGGUAUUUUUUUUUUCUAGCAUGAAGAAGCGAGGAGGGUUCAUUCAUUGUCCGUCCGGCUUCAUGUUUGUUUGAAAAAACAAAAAAACAAAAACGGAACAAUGACACUCACACCUCUCGUGUACUGGGCUCAACGCCACGAGGAAAUCUACCUGCGAGUGGAGUUAACAGACGCUCAGAAUAUUGAUGUCCACUUACAUGAAAAAGUGCUUCAGUUUAGAGCCCUGGGCCAUGGUGCAAAAGGACAAAAUGAAUAUGAGUUCAACUUGGAGUUUCUUUUACCAGUGAAGCCAGAGGUGAGCCACAAGUCCACCCAGCGGCAGGUGACUAUUACAGUGCGGAAAGCGCAGCGAGGCUGGUGGGAGAGACUGGUUGUACAGGAGCGCAAACCAGUCUUCCUGGCACCUGACUUUGACCGCUGGCUGGAUGAGUCAGACGCUGAGAUGGAGAUCCGGGAAAAGGAGGAGAAAAGGAACAGGCUGAAGGCUUCAAGGCAUAAAGAUGAAGAGUUUGUCAGCCUGAAAACUGGAUUCCUGUUCAUAUAUAACCUGGUACAGUUUCUUGGGUUUUCAUGGAUCUUUGUCAACAUGACUGUGCGGCUCUUUAUCUUUGGCCAAGAUUCUCUCUACGACACAUUUCACACCAUAUCGGAUGUGAUGUUCUUCUGCCAGAUCCUGGCAGCAGUGGAGGUCCUCAACGCUGCUUUUGGUGUAGUUCGGACAAGUGUUGUUCCAACUCUUAUACAGGUGGUUGGAAGAAAUUUUGUCCUCUUCAUCAUUUUUGGUAGUUUGGAGAAAAUGCACAACCAGCCAGUUGUGUUCUUCGUUUUCUAUCUGUGGAGCGCAAUUGAGAUUUUUAGGUAUCCAUUUUACAUGCUGGGCUGUUUCAAUACAGAGUGGAAAACUCUCACGUGGCUGCGGUACACAGUCUGGAUACCACUGUACCCAUUAGGUGUUUUAGCUGAAGCUGUUGCUGUGAUACAGUCCAUUCCCAUCUUUGACGAGAACAAAUUCUUAAGCAUUCCUCUGCCAAAAGCCAUCGGUACCUCGAUCAGCUUCUCUUACUUCCUGCACAUCUACCUAGUUCUCAUGUUUCUCGGGCUUUUUAUCAACUUCCGCCAUCUUUACAAGCAGAGGAAUAGGCGUUUCUAUACCAAGAAGAGGAAAGCAAAAUGAGAUUCAGCGCCGACACACCACAGACACCUUUGCUGCCUGCUUAUUUCUUCUUUUUAAAAAUUAAACCAAGUAAAAUGAGUUAAAUGUUUUUUCAAAUGGAGAAAUUGUUUAAUUUAUCGUCAACAUCCUCCUGAUGAGGUUAUUUCAUGAUUGAAUUGACGGUCUCAUUUAGUGGUGAUUGAGUUGUCAGUCCCUUUUUUUUUUUAAAAUUAAUUAAUGAUUAAUGAGGAUCUCUAGUAAGCCCAUAUUACUUGAUAGCCUGUGUGAUAGUGUGUUUCUUUUAACCUUUUUAAACUAAUUUGUGUAUGAACAAAGUAAGUGUUAACAUUCUCAACCCAGAUUUAUGAACCAUCCUCCAGACCUCAGGGAAAAUUAUACUGGUGACAUAAAAUGCAGAGCAGUUUGUCCCUUUUUAUACUCAAUAAUCACCUGCUAUGAAGUAUCAUUUUAACUUUUUCUCUUUAUUCUAUUUCAUUAUUUUAAUCACCUGAAUAUAAAUUGACAUUAACAGACAUGUCCCAGGUGUCUUGUAAAUGUGACAGUACUUUGACAAUGAAUUAAAAACUAAAUUUAAAUCUUGUCUUGUGAAAAAGAUCCUACAAACCAACAUGUAAAAAAAA